GUUCAUAGUGCUGCACAGUCUCCAUAAAUAAAUCACUAUCUCUAUUAUCAAAAAAUAAAAAAUAAAAAAAAGAUCACUAUCUCAAUAAAUAAAACACAAAUUUGUCGCAGUACUAGGAUUGGGACCGCAGCUUCAGCUGGUUACACAGCAGCGUGGUCGGCAGAGAUUUACUUCAACAAACUUUGGGGCUGCAAGUUCUGAGUGAAUGGACGUGUCGUCAAAGAUGGGUUUAGUAUAUUUGUCCCAAGAUAUUGAAGAACUAUGGAAUGAAUGGCAGAUUCGCUCAUUAAUGUUACUUGGUCUCCUUCUUCAAAUCAUCCUCACCAUUUUAGGAGAACAACGGAAGUAUACUGUUGGGCUCGGGGAUUUUCUUUGGUUAGCAUACUUGUCCUCAGAUUCGGUGGCAAUCUUUUCAUUGGGCAUCCUUGCUCGCAGCGUAGCCAACACCACAAAUCCGAACUUGAUUCCAGUGUUUUGGGCACCACUCCUUCUAGUUCACAUUGGUGGCCCUGGAACUAUCUCUGCUUAUUCAAUGCAUGAACUCGACAAAUUAUUGAUAAAUCACCUUCUUCAGCUAGUAACCCGAGUUGGAGUUGUUGGUUAUGUCUUGUUCAGGUUGAGAGAAAAUGCCUUCAUGUUGGUAGCCAUUCCCAUCUUUAUUUCAGGAAUGAUCAAGUAUGGUGAAAGGAUUUGGGUUUUCAAAAGAAACAAGGAAUCCAAUAACUUGUCACAGCAACCUUUUGCAAAACGACCUUGCAUCCCGUCUGAAGAUUUAAUUUCCUUAACCGAUAGUUCAAGUGAGGUCAGCUAUCUUCAUGAAGCUCAUCUUUUGUUCAAAACGUCUAAGAUGCUGUUCCAAAAUCUUGAUCUCGUCAAUUUGGAUCAAAGAAUCACCUAUGAUUUGGUUUCUGAAAAGAACGCCGAGGAAGCCUUCCAGUUGACAGAAAUUGAGCUGGGACUCAAGUAUGAUCGCCUUUAUUCGAAGGUGGCAACGGUUUCCUGGCCUCGCUUCAUUAUCCGCUCAGUCACUUUCUUAUCCUCUAUUUUUGCUUUAGUUUCCUUCUCAAUAAUGAUAAAGAGCAAGAGUGUCUAUUCGAAAAACGAUAGAAUUAUAUCUUACGUGUUGCUGAGUGGAGUUGUCUGCCUUGAAAGUUACUCUAUCAUUGGGCAUCUCUUUUCCGACUGGACUAUGAUUUGGCUUAUUAGGCUGGAAAAAACAUUUCCUAAUCUCUAUACAACCCGUUGUUUUUCUCUGUUACUAUCUUUUUCCAGGAAGCGCAAAAGAUGGUCAAGAUUAAUGGGACAACACAACCUAAUAAGUGCUCUAUCAAAGAAACCAGUGAACAAGCUUCGUAAGAAGUACUUUCCAGGGAAUUGGAACAUUCAUAGCAGGGUGGAUGCGGACAAGGAUUUAAAAGAAUUGAUCUUCAAACAAGUUAUGCAUAAACGUUCAAGGUACGAACGUUUAAGGUACGAACGUUCAAAGAACUAUCCCGAUACCAGUGAUUUCCCUGUCCUCCUUAAGCUAUUGGAAGAGAGAGGUUGCAAUUCGCUUCAAAGCAAGGGUUGUUUCCAUGAAUUGGGAUGGAGUGUGGAUGAUGCAGAAUUCAGUCAUAGCCUCCUCACUUGGCACAUUGCUACUCAUGUUUGUUACAUUGACGAUUCCAGGAAGAACGGUUUUGUGAAUUAUCAAAAUUGCGCAAUGAGUAGAUCAUUAUCUAACUACAUGUUGUAUCUCCUGGUUCAGUGUCCAAAUAUGUUAGCGAUAGAGCUCAGCGGAACAAGGUAUACUGAUACAAGAAUUCAUUUGCAUCGUCUCCUAUUCAUCAGGAAUGCUCAUAAAGAAGCGGAGAACCACAUUCCCAUGGAUAAAUUGGAUGCAUUAUCGUUUCCCAAAGCUCAAGUGAAAGCAUUUUUUUAUGAAUUGCUUCAAAGUCCGUCUACCAUGUUAAAAGAAAUUAGAGAACAAGAGGAAGAAAAGUCAGCCCAAAGUCCGUCUACCAUGUUAAAAGAAAUUAGAGAACAAGAGGAAGAAAAGUCAGCCCAAAGUCCGUCUACCAUGGUAAAACAAAUUAGAGAACAAGAGGAAGAAAAGUCAGCCCUACUAGAUGGUUGCAGGCUUGCUAUGUCAUUGCAGUCAUCGGAGUUACAGGAUGGUUGGCCAAAUGAAAAGAAAUGGGAAAUGAUAAGUGAAGUGUGGGUGGAAAUGCUGAUGUAUGCUGCAAGUCAUUCUAGAUGGAAGGAGCAUGCUGAUGCACUUGGCCGAGGUGGGGAGCUACUCACUCAUGUGUGUAUUCUCAUGGCACAUCUCGGUUUAAGUAAGCAAUGUCGUCCACCUGCACUAAGUAAGCAAUUAGAUGAAUAUUUUCCCGGGCCUGUCGUCUCUGGGAAUGAGGUAUAGAGUACUAUUAUUUUUUUUUCUUUUUCUUUUUUUGGAUUAGUAAUAUUAUUUUUAAUGCUUCAAUUCGAAUGGGACUUUGUCAUGUACCAUUGAUUAUAUUAUGCCUUUUUGGCUCUAUGCAAUUCCUCUUCA